AUGGCUACUAGAGGCCGGUUUGCAAGGGUGUGCGUUAAAGUUGACCUCCGAAAGCCAUUAUGUCCUAGAUUCCUUUUGGGCAAAAAAAGCUAUAACAUUGAAUACGAGUCCAUACAUUCAUUUUGCUUCUACUAUGGAAGGGUAGAUCAUCGCAAGGAAUUGUGUAAAUACCAGGCACUGCACCUUAAGUCUCAAACUGUCCACCAGAAUAAUCCUCUGCCAGAAGGAUCACAACUAACCAUUGAGGGCAACCAAGUUCAAACGCCAACGGCUAGCCCCAAUGCCAACGAUCAUCUGCAACAAUCAGCAGUAGAAGGAGAUGACACAUAUGGGCUCUGGAUGAUGGUAACUAAGCGAACCCGUAAGCCUGUGAUCAAUAGAAAAACCCAGCCCACUGGACCAAGCCCAACUCAUAAUAAGUUUUCAGAAUUGAGCAAAGGGACCCAACAAGUAGAGGAAGUGGGUAGGGGCAAGAAAACAACUAGAUUGGGCCUUGAGAAAGAGGCAUCUAGCCCAUAUCAGAAAACUCAACCUGGACCAUCUGCUUCACAAACUGUGACUCUGGCCAAGGUCUCUCAGACCGACCCAUCAAGCACCAUCACUCCACCCAUCCAGAACUCCUCCAUUGUCCCCAGAUCUGUAGAAAUGGUUCCUUUACCUCAGUCACCCAAUAGGAACUAG